AUGAUUUUGUUGUAUAUGCUUAAUAUUUUGGGGAAUAUUCAGUAAUUACCUUAUUUUCAUCAUAAUUUUACAAUUUAAGUAGCUUAUAGAACAAAUUUGUAGAUUUUGAUAUUCCAAUUACAAUAAGUCCAAAUAUAUAUGUAAUUACUGCCUAAGAGAUCUUCAAAGUUAUCCAUAUCUUCAGAUUUUCAAUUUUAUUGUAAUUAUAAUUUUAGCUCGACUGAUUUGAGUAAUUUUACAUCUACAAUUGCUUAUUACAAUUAUUAGAGUAACUCUUAAUGUGAUCAAAUAUAGUUGUUAUUUUCAAAAUAACUUCAUAAUAGAGAUGUUUAAGUAGCUUCACUUGUAGGAUGCAAAGGGAAAAUAAUGGAGAUAGAUACUACCUGUCCAAUUAGCUCUUGCGAUUCUAUUUAUAAGGUUCUUUAAAAUAAUUAAUAAGUAAUUUAUUAAUCACCUAAUGUGAGAGGUAUUUUGCAAAAGUAAACAACAAAUAGUAUUAACUUUUAUGAAAUUAAUUAAAGCAAUUCCUUAUUGUAUUUCAAUUAUGAUAACGAGUUAAAUUAAAAAAAAGUAUUGAGUCAUAUUUUAAUUUAAUUUAGAAAUUAUUAUUUAUAAAAUUUCAUUGCCUUACUUAUAAAUCAACUUAACUAACUUAGAAACUUCAGGAGAAUUAUACAACUUUACUCUAAUAUGUGUCAAUAAAUUGCAUCCUUAAAAAUUGAGUAUAAUGAAUAUUUAUAUGCAAAUACUCUCAAAGUAAGAUACAAAUAUUUAUGUAUGCAUAAGCAAUCUAUUUUUCUAUAAUGUCUUUUUAAGGAUUCCAUAAUUAUUUACUUUCUUAUGAUACUGAUAUUUCCUUUCAUAUAUUGGGCUAUUAAACUUAUAGUCUAAAUACAAAUGAAAUCUAUUUUAAUGUUAAUUAAACAACUUUUUAAUAUGUUGGGAAUAUACCUUUAAAAUAUUCAUUAGUAUAAUUUUUAGCAGUAGACUAUCCUUUUAUUCCAGUAUACUAUUUUAUAGGGUAUACUAAUGAUUCUCUUGAUGUGUGGCUUUGCCUUUAAGGCUCAAACAACUAAUCCUUUGGGCUUGUUGAAUUUAGAUUUAUUUAAUAUUAGUGUAAAUGCAAGUUCGUUAUAGGUAGCCUAUAGCAUUUAUCCUGAAAGAAUUAUAAUUGGGCUCAGCACCAAUGAUACAAUCUAUUUGUUUUACUAUUUCUAUAAUAACAUCAGUAUAAUUAGUUACUUAAAUUAUACUUUUGAAUAAUAGUUCUCGGAGUUUGUAUUAACAUAUAAUAGUAUUAUAAUUCUAAUUCCAAGUCAUGAAAUUCAAAUAAUGGCAUUUAAUUUUACAAAUGUUUUUAAAUUAAAUUAAUCCUCAAUCAAUAAUUUAUUCAACAAUAUUCAAUUCAACCCUAUAUAAAUAGUCAUGAAUACUUAAUUAUAGUCAUCUUUAUUAUAUAUUAACAAUGUUGAUGAAGUUAUCAUAGUUUUAAUAGAUUUAAAUGACUAUCUAAUACCAGUUUAGAUGAUACAUUAUAAUUAGACAAUUAAAUAGAUAAAUUUAGUAAACGAACUAUUGAUAAUAUCAUAUCUAUGUAACAAUCAUCAAAAUAUUUGCUUUUAAGUUUGGAAUUUGUAAAAUCUACCUAAUUACUAUUAUGUAGAGAAUCUUUAUAGCUUCAAUUUUGACGAUAAUUUAAUAUUACAAUCCGACAACUAAUUCUUGUAUGUAACUUUUAGGAAUUAUACUGUUUAAGUUUAUAAUCCUUCUUCACCAUAUCACAAGAGUUUAUAGUAUAUGCUAUAAUUAGCUUCGCCAAUUUUAUGUGCUCCAGCAUAUACAAGUAAAUUUUACUUGCCUCAAUUCUAAUAUUUUAAGUCACUCAUAUUUUCAGGAAAUAGUUUUUAUGAACUUGAUGGACAUUAAAAAUUUUGUUUAUCGUUAACUUUUAUAAUAACCACUUUAAUAACUAAAUAAGAUAUCCAUAAUUUAUUUAUAACUAUACAGUAACAACAGGGUUGAAUGAGACAGCUUUAUAAUAAACCCCUAAUUAAAGUAUUACUUUAUAUACAAACUUUACAGUAUUUUACAAUUAAGAAAAUCUAUCAAUAAAACUAGAUAUAGAUAAUAUUAUCCUUAAAAGUAAAAAUUUCACAUAUCCAAUGAAUUUAAUCCUCAAUAGAUAAGCAGAUUAUUGUGGAUUGAUGAAUCUUAAUUAAAACUAUAAUUAAAACCAAUAUUGUUUGACUUAAUAUUCUUAAAAUUUUAGUAAUAUUUCUAAUUUACAGAAUUACACCAUAAUUACAUCAAUAAACAAUGAAUAUUUUGCCUUACAAAAUAACUCAUUUAUUUAAACUAUAAAUAAAGACUUAAUCGAACAAUAGAAUUUAAGUUAUUCAAAUGUAAAUUUGAGUGAAUGCUUAAAAUCAACUUCAUAUAUUUAUACAUUAUAUUCAGUUUGUUUAAAUACUACUUCAUAAUAUUUACUUAACUUCUCAUUAAAUUCUUUUGGUUUCAUAGAUAAUCUAAAUAUUACAUAAUUACCCAAAACUAAUAUAACAUUUCUAAAAUAAGAAGCAUCUUAAACUAAAUUUUUAUUUUAGGUUCCUUUGAUUAAUCAAAAAAAUACUAACUGUAUUGGUAUAACUAAUAAAACAACACCUUUUAGUAGAUAUCUAAUUCAAAUAGUACAUGUUAAGAUUUCUCUAUUGCUCAAAUUAUAACCACAACUUCUACUAUCUAAUAAUAACAAUAAUUGAUUAUAUUUUAUAUUCUAAUAGGAAGACAGUUUUAAUCCCUUUUAUAUUAAUUUAUAACAGUUCAAAAUCAUGAAAUCACUUUUCAUAGUAGUGUUUAUAUUAAAGGAUAUUCUUGCAAUAAUAAUAAUAUUUUUACUGGGUUACCUAAUUCAUAUGUUUUGAUUCUGGAAACAUUUUAUAAUUAAGCAAUUAUAUUAUUGAGUAACUUUGAUAUCAAUUACAUUAGUUAGAUAAUUAAUUUUAAAGUGCAAGAGAUCUCUUCUUUUCUGAUCUUAUUACAACUAUUCCCAAUUAUGGUAAUUUAAAUAAUACUGGCAAUUCUAUUUAUAAGAAUGGAGUUUUGAUGCAAUAAUAUUAGUUUUAAAAUUAAAGUUAAUUUAUUGUUGGAGUUUAUUAUUUGAAUAAUCUCUUAGAUUAAAGUUAAUUAGAACCUAUUUUAAUGUAAGGUUCUUUUUAGACUACAGAUCUGAUUAUGCAAUGA